CUCAUGGGAGUGAGCUAACCGCGCUUAAUUAACAUCACGCUAAUCUAAUGCGGCGCCGGGUCUACAGUCAAUGGUCACGCUUUCUUCGUUGCGGCUGUCUCAUUCUAGGUGUAAACAUCCUCACAGCAAAGAGGAAGAAAAUCCCUCUUGUUUUGGGCGAGAGAUCAGUGCCAGAGGAAUCGCUCGCCAGUAUCGAGCAGAGAGGAGGAGAAGAUCGAGAAGAUCGAGGGAAAGAGGGUCUUUGUUUUUGUCGGUUCUCUCGACUUUGUGCAGUGGGCUCGCCGAUCUAGGACAAAGGAGCGUCGUGGGCGAUCUCGCCCGCGGUCCGGGCGUGGAAUUGCUGUGGAUUCUACUCGCGAUCGGCGGGAGAGACGCGAGAUAGGGGUUUCCAGUUCUGAUCUUGUGCUUCUUCUCUGUCGCUGGGAUGCCACGCCCGCGAGAUCCGAGGUUUGCUCGAGCUUGUCACCCAGAGACCAAGGCCGGACGAAUUCCUCCUCCUCGAUUCUCGAUGGAUUAGCGCAGGAACCCUCUCCAAUUCUCUCUCUCUCUCUCUCUGUGAUUUCUCUCCAAUGGAUCCAGCAGACGAGGAGAGAUCCUUGGGAGUUGAGCUAGCAUCGCCAGUGGAGGAGGAAGAUCUGGGCGCUGCAAAGGCGAAGAGGGCGAUGGGCCUGGUGGAUUGGAUUGGGCAGCUGCGCGCGGCAUUUGGAGCCCCAUUCCUGGCAGUGGUGAUGAUCGUGUAUGGCGUCAACCAGGGAUAUGGCGAGAGCGUCAAGAACAUGGCCAUCAAUUACUACUGGAAAGACGUCCAAAAGCUGCAGCCAUCGUCAACCCAGGCAUUCCAGGCACUGUCGAGCUUGCCAUGGGACAUCAAGCCAAUCUACGGCCUUAUAACGGACACGUUUCCCAUUGGCGGCUACCGGCGAUGGCCUUACUUGGCGACGUGCGGCAUGGCCGGCAGCUUGUGCUUGUGGAUGCUGGCGCUUCUUCCCACUCCAUCGCCGCUGCUCGCGACGCUGCUGCUCGCCGGUGCCGCGCUGUGUACCGCCUUCCCGGACGUCGUCACCGACGCCGCAGUGGCACAGCACAGCCGAAACGUACCACACCUCGCCAGUGAUUUGCAGAGCUUGUCGUGGGGGAGCAUGGCGAUCGGUGGCCUCUCCGGGUGUGGGAUUGCCGGGCCAGCCGUCCACUCCUUGGGUCCAAAGGGAGCUUUCCUCUUGAUCUCCACGGCGCCUCUCAUGCUCAUCGUUGCAGCGUGGGCUCUUCCCGAGGACAAGCUCCCCAAGCAGCUCGCGGGGGCCAACUUCGCGGCACUGCUCCGCACGGUACACCUCUUCACCGCCACGGUCCGCAGCCCGAGCAUCUGGAAGCCAGCGCUGUACAUAUACCUCUUCAGCGGAGCUGUGUGUCCUGACAUCUCGGAGGCAAUGUUCUUCUGGAUGACGGACUCCAAACACGGGCCCGGCUUCAGCGAGAACUUCCUCGGCCUCGUCAGUGCAAUCGGCUACGUCGCCAUGGUCUGUGGGAUCCUGCUCUACAACACCUGCUUUCGAUUCUACUCGUUCCGGACGAUGUUCAAGUGGACUCAGGUUGCUGUCUGCCUCGUCAGUCUCCCAGACAUUGCUCUCGUCACGAGAUACAACUUGAAGCUCGGAGUUCCAGACCAUUUUUUCGUGCUCGGUGACAAGGCGCUGUCGAGCGUCAUCUUCAAGCUGCAGCUGAUGCCAAUGCUGGUGCUCUCGGCCAAACUUUGCCCGCCGGGAGUGGAGGGAACAGUGUUUGCCUUUCUUAUGUCCGUGUCCAAUCUCGGGGGUACCACUGCUUCCUGGCUUGGCGCUUGGCUCCUCAGGCUCUUCCACGUCAAGAAGGACGACUACACCAAUCUGUGGCUGGCCGUGGUGGUGAGAAGCAUCAUGAGAUUGUUGCCAUUGAUCUUCCUCACGGCUCUUGUCCCGGACGGUGGCCCCGACACGCUCGUUGAUAAUGGUCCUGCUUUGCAAGUGGUAGCUUCAAAUCAGGACGAGAGUGAGGCUCAAGAUGAUCUUGUAGAAAUGAAGAAGUUGGCCAAAGGAGUUGAGCUUGGACAAGAGAGCCAGCUUCUCAUCCAAAGCUUGUAACUCAAAAUUGUGGAAUGUAUAACAAGAAAUAAUUUGCUACAACAGAAAAAAAGAGGUCAUAAAGUA